UUCCUGUUAAGAAAGGGCCUUAACUCAAAGCUGAAGGAGAGAGUGUCUCUGACACUGCUCUGCUGUCUCUAGACCCCCCAAAAAACUGCUUAAGGAUUUUUUUAAAGGUGAAAACUCACCAGCAACAGAACCGACUGGUUAGACGCAUGAGAACACGACAUAUGGUGUCUUAGAAGCAGCGUUUGAACCUUUGGAUAUGGCAAGAUUUUUUGCGCUAGGACCCUUGGUUUUGGUCCUAUGCUUGGUCUUAUGCCUCUCACCCACACGCACUUCUGAACAAGACACAAACACAAAAGAAACAGUCCCAAUCACCUCACCCUCACGCACCUCUCAAGUCACAAUCCCAAAAGAUAAAGGUUCUUCUGACUCAUCCAACACCACGCAAUCCACUACUCCUACUCCUGCCUUACAUACAGGUAAUCAUGACACCACACCUAAGAAUGAUUCAGGCACCACAGAAGUCCCAUGUCAAUACCAACUUAUAGCGAGAGGCUAUGAAGGAAUUUCCCAUGUGGUGAAUAUCAGUGACUCCAAAAGCCAAAAUUACAUAAUCAGGAUAAAGGAUAAGGACAGUUUGAAGAACUUCUCUGUCAGUAAUGGAUCUGAUCUAACUGCCAUCAAAAUACUGUUUAAAUGGUUAAAACCAUGCACUAAUUACAGUGUAACUGUAGAUAACUGCAAAGUCCUCGGAGAAGACCAUUUUAAUUUGAAUGUCACUGAAAGUGAAAACAAUUCUGCAGAACUUGAGGGUGAUCAGCAAGUGUGUUUUAAAGAUAGCAAAUGGAAUUUGACUAAAUGUGUUAAUAUAACAACUGAAGACUCUUGUGUUCAGAAGCCCAUUCACAUUAGUCUAGAAACAUGCAGCUACACAAUGAAUAUCCGUAUGCCCCCAGUCAAACCCGAAAUAACCUUCAGUAAAACUAUUCCAACUAAGUUUGUGUGGAGUAAUAAACCACUCAGUUCAGACAAUGUGAGUCAGUGUAAAGACACAUUUAAGGUCCAUUGCACUGAUGGCAUUAAGUAUGAUUUGGAUAAGGAUGUGUUUUUGAAACCUUCAAAAGAGUACAUAUGCACUGGAAAAUAUGAAUAUUACAAUACGUUCAUUGAUAGCAAUCCAGAACAAGUUAACAUCCAUUGCGAAUGGAUAAAUGAAACUGUGUUUCAUAAAGUAACCAGCGACUCAAUUGGGAUCGUAUGGACUCUGUCCCCAGGGUUUAAAUGCAAAGGAAUUACAUUGGGAAAUUUUUCAGGCAAUUGUAAAAGCUCUCAUGGUAAAACCUUUGAUGAUCACAAUUGCAACCAAGUAAAUGACACAACUGCAAACUGCAUAUUUUCUAGAUUAGACUCAUAUACCAAUUACACAUGCACACUUUCAGCCGAGGUCAGCAAAUCCAUUGGCUACCCUAAGUAUACCAGAGUUUUUUAUAAAAAAACAAAUUCUUCAAAGCCCAGUUUUGAAGGAAAGAAUAAUGUCGAAGUGACAGGAACAUCUCAUAAUUCUUUUACUGUGAAAUGCAAAGACUUGAGUAUGAAAGAGUGGAAUGGACCUAAGGGAAAAUAUAUAGCCAACCUCAUAAGUAAUAGACCACCUGUAAAAAAAGAAAAGGAAACAUCCUGUUCAUUUACAUUUGAAAAUCUGUACUACCACACGAAUUAUACUAUUGAGAUUACAGCAGAGAAUGGAAAUGGCGACAAUUCUACUGUUAAAACUUACCAAUCCACUAGCUAUAACGAUAAGGCUGUCAUCGGAUUCUUGGCGUUCCUCAUCCUUGUGACGUCACUUGCGCUCCUUUUUGUGUUAUACAAAAUUUUCCUGCUCAAAAGAAAACGGAAUACUGAAGAUGAAGAGAUUCUUCUUACACAACCCCUGCGCAGAGUUGAGCCCAUCUAUGCUGACGGUUUAGUGGAGGCUUACAAGAGCAAGAUCGCUGAUGAGGCCCGUCUGUUUAUGGAUGAGUUUCAGAGCAUUCCCCGAAUUUUCUCCAAUUACACCAUCAAAGAAGCGAAGAAACAAGAAAACCAGUUCAAGAACCGCUACGUUGACAUUCUGCCCUAUGACUAUAAUCGGGUAACUCUCUCAACUGGAGGUGAAGACAGCUACAUCAAUGCCAGCUUUAUCGAGGGAUAUCAAGAGCCAAAGAAAUACAUUGCAGCCCAAGGACCCAAGGAUGAAACUAUUGGUGAUUUCUGGCGAAUGGUUUGGGAGCAAAAGUCAUCCAUUAUUGUCAUGGUCACCCGUUGUGAGGAAGGAAACAAGAUCAAAUGCGCUCAGUACUGGCCAUCUCUGGACAGAGAGACUGAGAUUUUUGAAGAUUUUGUGGUGAAAAUCCGAUCUGAGGAACACUGCCCUGAUUAUAUCAUUCGCCAUCUGAUCCUGACCAAUAAGCGAGAGAAGGCCUCAGAAAGAGAGGUCACUCAUAUCCAGUUCAUCAGCUGGCCUGACCAUGGUGUGCCUGGAGACCCCUGCCUGCUUCUGAAGCUCAGGAGAAGAGUCAACUCCUUCAAGAACUUCUUCAGUGGCCCGGUGGUCGUCCACUGCAGUGCAGGGGUCGGCCGCACAGGAACAUAUAUUGGCAUUGAUGCAAUGAUUGAAUCUCUUGAGGCAGAAGGCAGAGUGGACAUCUAUGGAUUCGUAGCAAAACAACGUCGCCAGCGUUGCCUCAUGGUUCAAGUGGAGGCCCAGUACGUACUGAUCCACACUGCUCUGAUUGAACACAACCAGUUUGGAGAGACAGAGGUCUCACUGUCUGAAUUCCACUCAGUGCUCAACACCCUCAGACAGAAAGAUGGCAGUGACCCCAGUUUGCUUGAAAUGGAGUUCCUGAAACUCCCUAAAUUUAAAAAAUGGAGAACAUUUAACACAGGAAGCAUAGAGGACAACAAGAAGAAAAACCGCGACUCAGCUGUUAUCCCAUACGACUUUAAUCGAGUCCUGUUUAGGCUGGACAUUGAGGGAAACCAGACCAGUGACCCCGAGGAUGAGGACGAGUAUUCAUCAGACGAGGAAGAAGAAUCAAACGAAUACAUCAACGCCUCAUUCAUUGAUGGCUACUGGUGUAGUAAGAGUCUGAUUGCAGCACAGGGGCCUUUACCAAACACAACGGAAGAGUUCCUGCUCAUGCUGAACCAGCAACAAACUAAAACACUGGUCAUGCUCACAGACUGCCAAGAGGAUGGCAAGGAUUAUUGUUGUCAGUAUUGGGGAGAUGAAAAGAAAACGUUCGGAGACAUGGAAAUUGAGGUAAAAAAGACAGAAACCUUCCCAACGUACGUGAGACGGCGUCUAGAAAUACAGUCCUCAAAGAAGAAAGAGGUCUUGGAGGUGGAUCAGUACCAGUUCCUGAAAUGGAGAGGCCGUGAGCUUCCAGAGAACGCUCAGGAGUUGAUAGAGAUGACAAGGAUCAUCAGAGAGAACGGCAAUUAUGACAACAGCAAAAUGAACCGGAAUGUCCCCAUAGUGGUGCACUGCAACAAUGGCUCAUCUCGUACCGGAAUCUUCUGUGCCUUAUGGAAUCUCUUGGACAGCGCCUACACAGAGAAGCUGGUGGACGUCUUCCAAGAGGUCAAAAACUUGCGCAAGGAGAGGCAGGGGAUGGUGGAAACAAUAGAGCAGUAUCAGUUCCUCUACUCGGCUCUAGAGGCCGCUUUCCCGGUUCAGAACGGCGCCGUAAAGACGACCCCUGCAAAGGACAACGCGCAGGUCAUCAGCGAAACGACGGCGCUCCUCACCGAGCCCAACAGCACUUCCGGUGCUGACCAGAAGGAGGCGGAAAAGAGCACAGCCGCAGAGAGCAGUGAGCAGGAGGCCAAGGAGAGCAGCACUGCUGAGGCGCCACCAGCAGAGGGAGACGGAGAGAAAACCACAACCGAGGGCACGCCCAAUGGCCCUGCCGCCACUGUAGAGGUUUAAGCAUUUUUGGGGCUAAAAUGUUUUCGCUAAUUUGACACCAAGUGUCAAGGAAAGAUUUUGAAAAAGUGCUUUUGAUUACUUGUUUUACAUUUGAGUUUUACUGUACAUUGGAUGUUAGAGCAGCGUUUGUUUUUUUUGUGGAGAAUUCGGGUUAGCAUCGGACUGAUCCAUUAAAACUUACGUUUCCGCCUCAGGUUUUGGUUUUUGAAUUUCUGUAUAAUGAUGCUGUUUGUGUGAAAUCUGUGCAUAUUGAUAAUGUUUAUUCACAUGUGUAAAGGUUUUGCUUUAUGAUUAGAUUUUUAGGCUAUCAAAUUGCGUUUUGAAUGUAUUGUAAAAUAAGACCUUACAAACGAUAUUUCUGUUUUUUAUAAUAUUUUUAGUUUGGAAACUGUAUGAAAGAACAGUCUUAUUGCUUUUAAAUUAUAGUGUCUGAAAUGUUUGAUGGAAGCGAGUGCAUAAAAGCAUAAAAGUUCGAGAACAACAACAAA